AUGCUGGGCGACAGUCCCCUCGGCAUCGGUGGUACUGAAACGGAGAUAGUCGUCGAGGAAGAACAGGCCUUUCUGACAAAGUUAUACAACCAACAACAGCAACAGACAACGACGACUUCUGGGACGAAAGUCAGUCAGACGUCGGAGUCCCCAGGACGGCCCAUGGUGAGCACCCUGCGUUCUCUCUCUCUC